AUGGAUAUGCACAUCGUUGCCUCUGCUCUCGCUCAAUAUCUAACACGAAUGUACGAAGCAGAAGGCAUGCCACUCGAGAAGCCCAUCAGAAUCGUUGCGCAAGAUCCCGCUUACACCGUCCGCGAUCGCCAGAUUCUUUCUGAGUUGCCUGUACCGAUCGAGGUAGUGACUGAUCCUCAAGGUUUCUUGGCCAUCGACGAAUCUUCGCUUGUAUACUCAGCCUUCGCGAUGGUUCCAACCAAACAGAUAGUUGCUGAUCUUGCAGCCGCCGCACCAGAUGGCAAAGGCCCUGCCGCUCUGUUCGUCAACAGUGACUUCAGAGAUAAGAUUUACGGCAACGUCGACCGUGCCGUAUACAAACGAGAUGAUCCGCGGCGCUUCGUAGACCCGGAGACGAAGCGUUAUUUGACGAUGCUCGAGUCUUAUACGCGGGUCAUGGAUGGGCAAAAGCUGAUUGGGAUGUUCUAUCUCGAUACGUUCCCUAUGGAUGCCUACUACUGGUUCACGGGUAUGGAUAUGUGGGCACGAGGAGAGUAG